CUGCGUGAGCGCGCACUCCGCGGGACUCCGAUUUAAGGAGUCGGGCGGCCAGCGACUGCGCAUGCUGAGAAGGCCGCCCGCGCAGGCAAGCCCGCGCAGGCUCAGGUCCCCAGGCGCAGAGCCGGGCUGGGCCGCGAGGAGGGAAUGGAAGAGCCUGGGGCGGGGUCGGAGGUCAGCGCCAGCCCUUCCAGGCAGCCGACGCACGGUCCCUACCUGAACACAAAGAUGACUUUUACUCUGAGUAUCAGAAACAUCUGCAGGAGUGACACUGCACCUGCCGAAGGUAACAAUGUAGCUCUGAAGGGCAUGGGCAUCUUCUUCCAAGAGUUGGCUGAGAGGAAGCGUGAGGGUGCCCAGCGUCUCUUGAAGAUGCGAAACCAGUGGAGCGGCGACCCCCUCCUCUCUGAUGGGCAGCUGUCUGAAGAUCCGUGGCGUGGCAGUGUGGAUGCUAUGGAAGCCGCGAUGGCCUUGGAGAAGAACCUGAACCAGGCCCUUCUGGAUCUGCAUGCCCUGGGUUCUGCCAACACAGAUCGUCGUCUCUGUGACUUUCUGGAGAAGCAUUUCGUGGAUGAGGAGAUGAAACUCAUCAAGAAGAUGGGUGACCACCUGACCAACCUCCGCAGGCUGUCUGGCCCCCAGGCCGGGCUGAGCGAGUAUCUCUUCGAAAGGCUCACCCUGAAGCACAACUAGGAGAAUCCGGUGCCCAGCAGCCUCUGAGGAAGCCGUCUGUAUUCCCCUGGUGUCCAGAUUUUGGCUUGCGCCUCUUUCCCCAGCUACGAGGCAACAUUUUAACUACACUGAAACCUUUGUCCAAGCUGUGAGUUCAAAUGGAGACAUAAAAGGUUCUUUUUGCAGAGGGGGAAAAAAAGCUAGGCUGCUGGGGGAUAAUACACAGACUAGGGUGAAGGAUUUGUAGUACGUUUAAUUCUCUAGAUUUUCUAAAGAAAUUAUUGCUAACUGUUGUGAAUUGCCUGUGAACCUUGAGGAUCUGAUACACUAUGUUUUCUCUCUCAAGAAAAUGAGCUUACCUUUUCAUUUAUGCAUAUAAUCCUAGAGGUUUUAGAAUUUCUGUGAAGCCAUUCUUGGUACUGGAUUAAUCUCUUAUUUUAAAAUGUAUCUUUGCUGUUGUGUAGCAGAGGAGAGCGGAAUACCUGGACCAUAUCAUGUUAUGCCCACCCCUAACCCUCAAACCCAUGAUUUUUAAGUUGCUGUAAUGCCAUUUGCUGUAUUGAAUAUAAUCAGAAAACCCUGCAAAAUUCAUUUUUAUAUCUCUAGUUAGGUUGCUACUGAGCACACUGAUUAUUGCGUCAUACACUGACCUCUUUCUGAAGCCUCUCGAGAAAUUUCUUUCUGGUCUUAGUAUUAGGAAUAAGAGUUCUUCGCUUGGGUAAUUGGUUUGUUUUUGUUUUAUGGACACUGUAAAUGAUGUAACUAAGUUUCCUUUUCUGACUUUCUGUGAGAGCAUAGAGCCAAAUUUGUGGUCCGCUCAGAGUAAAUGAGUAGGAUUGUAUAAGCAUUUUUACUCAAGCUUAAUUUCUGAUUCUUUUGUUAGUUAUUUCUUGGUGUAUGUUAUGGAUCCUUUUAAGCCACUUUAAAUGCUUUUUAGAACAAGGGUGUGUAUAAAUAGAUAAAUAAACUUUAAAUAUGUUGAUUUAAAAA